UAAUGUGGAUAAAGUUAAAAGUACUCGUAUUUAUUGUUCGCCGAUGAAAUGAAACGCACUUAAAUUGGCAUUUCACGAAAUUCUCCCCCCUAAUCAGACGCGAAAUUAGGUGUCGAUCACUGAUUAGGCGAAAAUAGCGGAUGAAUCGGUUACAAAAGGUCCGCGAAACGUACAGGCUCUGUUCAAUGAGAUUCAUAUGACGAUGCAAAUUGCUCGGUCGCCGACUACCAAAGGCCACAGUCGGAGAAGUCGGAGGGGAUGAACUCAGAAUAGGGACCUGAAUGUGAGGCGAAUUUGUGGAACUUCUCAAGUUUUCAAGUCUGGGUAUGGAAGAGGUAUCAGAAAGGUCUGAGCUGCGCAGAAUGCAACGGGAGCAGGAAAGAGAAAGGCGCCGGAUGCGGGACAGGCAAAGAAGACAGUCAAUGACGCUUGAGCAGAGGGAGAAACAUCUUGCCAGGCGUCGUAGAAACUAUCAAUUGAGAAGACUAAGAGCUGAAAGUGCAAGGUCAGGUUCUCAAACUGGACAAGCGGGUAUGGUGAGUAGAGGUGAAACAAUCACAAGCGAUGAACAUCAAGCAGUAACUUCUUUUUCAGGACUGAGUGUCAAGUGCAAUGGUGUCACUCAUGUUGGAACUAAUAAAGGUGAAGAAAACCUAACUUUUGACUGCAAAGAGUCCGAGGGUUUGGAAGCUCUAGCCCACAAAGGAACUAAUUUUCCAAGAAGGCUACGGCUAAGUCAUAUAAGACAUCUUGCAAGAUCAUUGAAUAAUUCUAUGGGUGAGCUUGGUGGCAACCACCAAAUGUUGGAGGCAGUCAUAACCAAACGGGAUGUUGCUAGUAACUGUUUGCAAGUUGGACGUUCUGAUUCUGGUAUAUCGCCACAAAGUUUACGUUUGAAUCGUGUCAAGCGUCUUGCUCGCACAUUCAACAAUUCUGUAAAUUCUGCUACAAGAGAGGCUAGUGAUCAAGACCACAGAAGUGCCACAGAAGCAUAGUAGAUUUACUCCAGUGGAACAGAAGCUACCGUGUGGAGAGCUGCAGCUGAUAAGCAAUGAUGAACCAAAACUUGUAUGACCUAUUAAUGUUAAAGGUGAAUAUAAACGAAGUUGGUAGAAUGGUAAUGGCUAUUAACUGUUUGAUAUUCUUAGACCAAUAGUUAUUUUUAUGAUGCAUUAUUGGUCGUUUUUGUUUUUUGUUUUUUUUUUUUUAUGAGAUUAACUACUUCAAUAUUUUUUUGGUAUCACAUUUCAGGACAAUCGUCUGUCAUUGGCUAUUGAAGAGAGGGAACCUUUUACUUGGUCAUGUGCACAAAUGAUGUUUUCUUAGCUUUUCUUAACAGGUUCUUGAUUGUAGAAAUUGUUGCAGGACGAGAAAACAAAAAAGAAUUAUCCACGGGCAUAGAUUAAUUGUUGGACAAGUCUGGAUGAUGUUACAAUUACAUUGACUGUAGGAAAAACCAGAGACUGAAAGCUUUGAUACUGCCACCCAGCAGCUGGGUGAAUUAUUUCGGUUCCUUUUAACAAAUCUAGGAAUUUUGGGUGCAUUGAU